AUGUACUUCAGACAUCUGUUGCUGUUUGUUCUUUGUGUCUUGAUCGUCCAAGUCAAGAGUGUGCAUGAUUUAGAAGGAUGUACUCUUGAUGUAGUGAGUGCAGAGAUAAAAAAAUUGUCGCCUCUGUUAUUUCGCAACCAUACAACUUACCUUGAGUUGGCGAUACCCGAGAAGGGAAAAGUUAAUUUAAAAAUGGGAGACGGAAUCACACUGGCUUGCCCUGGCAAGCGAAAUUAUUUGACCGCAACUAACUCGAAUUCUAGCUACGCUACCUGUAUCAAGGAAAAAGUAUUGAGAAUCGGAGAGGAGAGCUUGAAUUUUGACAUGUUGGAGUGUAAAAAUCGUGUAAAAAGUGAAGUUUUGAAAACUAACGUAAGGUGUGCCAACAAGAAAGGUUACAUUUCUGAAAUUGGUUUUCGCGUAACGGAAAAUGACUGGGCUACCUUUAUCAAAGUCUGCCACGAUAAUACCACAGGAGUGACUUUUUACAGCGAACAUUAUUUGUAUGGAAAUGAAGUAAAGUAUUCAGCAAAGGGCCAGGACCGUCCUAAUUUCAGCAAGGAGGGACUUGGAUCUAAUAUUUCUGAAGAGUCUUAUACUCGGAAGUCUCAGAAAUUUACAUUCGACUCAUUGUUGGGCUCAGAAGAGCUGGCGUCGUAUUAUCUAAACAACAAGUCGUACCUCGCCAGAGGCCACCUGUCACCCAAUGCGGAUUUCCUAUUAAUGAACUACAGACGUGCUACUUUCUACCUCAUCAAUGCAACUCCACAAUGGCAAGUCAUCAAUGCAGGCAACUGGAAGGCAAUAGAAGGCAUGGUCAAAAUGACUGCGGGAACUUACAAUCGCAACUUCACGAUAAUAACAGGUACUUACGGAGUUUUAGCUCUUCGCAACGUCAACAAUACCCCAACACCAAUUUAUUUAGUACCAGGAUCCAAGCUUCCAGUUCCGAACGUACUUUGGAAAAUCAUGUAUGACCAAAGAAGUCAGGAAGGGAUCGCUAUCGUCGUCGUAAAUAAUCCGUUUGCGGAGGAAAUGUCGAAAAAAGAUGUAUUGUGUGAAAAUGUCUGUGAUAAGUAUGGUUGGAGUAAGCCAAAUUGGGAUGAUGUUUACCGUGGAUUUAUAUAUUGCUGCGAUUUAGGCAAAUUCCUAAAGGCUGUUAAUACUGCUCCUCGCCUGAAAAUUAAAGGUGCAUUAUUUGGACCAAUUUGUUUGGACCAGUUUGAAUCAUUGGUAGACUAG